CUAAAACACCAGCCCACGGGGUAAGCGCAACAAUGGCAGCAGCUCAGGCCCCAACCAUGGAGACCCCCACCGGCGCGCAGCUGGUCCAGGCGCAGGCGGACCUGUGGCGCCACAGCCUCACCUACCUCACGUCCAUGGCACUCCGGUGCGCCAUCCAGCUCGGCGUCCCCACCGCGAUCCACCGCCUCGGCGGCGCCGCGUCGCCGCCGGACCUGGCGGCCGCGCUGUCGCUCCCUCCGUCCAAGGCGCCGUUCCUCGGCCGCCUCCUGCGACUUCUGGCCACGUCCAACGUCCUCGCGGCGUCUGCCGGCGGCUACGCCCUCACCCCGCUCUCGUACCUCCUCGUCGACGGCCAGGACGGGCACGCGGCCUUCGCGCUGGGCGUGGCCUCGCGGUACCACGUGGAGGCGUCCCUGGGGCUGGCCGACUGGUUCAGGAAGGACGUCGACGUCGCCGUCACGGACCCACCGGGGGUGCCGUCGCCGUUCGAGGACGCGCACGGCGCGAUGCUCUUCGAGGAGAGCAUGGCGCUGCUCGACCCCGAGACCGACAAGAUGUUCCACGAGGGCCUGGCCGCCCACGAUCACACGGGGAUGAGCAUGCUCCUGCGGGAGUGCCGCGACCUGUUCGGCAGCCUCCGGUCGCUCACCGACUGCUGCGGUGGCGACGGGACGACGGCCAGGGCCGUCGUCGAGGCCUUCCCGCACGUCAAGUGCACCGUGCUGGACCUUCCGCGGAAGAUCGAGAAGGCCCCACGCGAUGGGGUCGUCGACUACGUCGCGGGUGACCUGUUCCAUUCCAUCCCACCGGCCCAAGCCGUGAUGCUCAAGCUCGUCCUACACUGGUGGUGUGACGAGGAUUGCAUCAAGAUUCUAGCAGAGUGCAAAAAGUCCAUUCCUUCCCGAGAAGAGGGAGGAAAAGUGAUCGUCAUUGACAUAGUGGUUGGCCAUUCUUGCGAGGCAACGUACGAGCCUCAGGUGCUGGCGGAUAUGCUCAUGCUGCUGGUCACCAGAGGACGGCAGCGGGACGAAGACGACUGGAGCGCUAUCUUCACAAAAGCUGGGUUCAGCGGAUACAAGAUUGUCAAGAAAUUCGGAGCUCGAAGUGUCAUCGAGGUCUACCCAUAAGGUUGUGGUGUGAAUUACUCCCUCUAUCUUAAAAUGUAAGACGUUUUCUCACACUAUCAUAUUGUCGAACAAUGUCUCUUACAUUUUAAGACAGAUCAUAGUGUCAGAAAAUGUCUUGCAUUUUAAGACAGAGAGAGUAUUUUAGUAGUGUGCAAUAAAAAUGAAUAAGGGCAAUGCCUUACUUUUCAAUGGAAGAACACAACACAGCCCAAAGCAGCCCAGGUGUUAAGGGCCUAGCUAAGCACUCGUGUUUGUAUGUGUAUGUGUGUGUACGUAUGGUGUGUUUUAUUGGAAGAGGAUUUGUGGCAUGCAGGUGCGGGGCACGCGGAUUGUGGGUCGCCGAUUUGUGCCUAAAUACGCACAUCUCUCUUUGUAUUUCUUGUAUUCUGCAUCGUAUAUCAAUACCUAUAUAUAUAUGUGUGUGUAUUCA